AUGGCAUAUGACGGCUAUCGCGGAAGCCCCAGCUCGUAUGGGCCACCGGCUUCGCAGGACGAGUUCGCUGAACCAAGAUCGCCUUCUUCUGUUUCCUAUAUCCCACCUUAUCCAUCGCACUAUGCUUCAGAUCAAAUCCAGAUGCCUCAACCCCGCAUGGCGUCGUCUCAGCUCUAUCCCCCGCCUUCCUCGAACCCGAAUACACAAGGGCAUGUUAACUAUGCCGCGUCCUCCGCGACCAACAAGGCUGAGAAUUUAGGCUUCCUUACGCCUGAACUUAUUUCGCACAUCACCGCGAUCGUUAUCCAGCAGCUCAAGGCGUACGGUCUGGACAAUUUACAGGGACCGCAGCAGCAGCAGCAGCAGCAGCAGCAGCAAACUGCUCCACCUCCACAAGCACCAAGCUACACUGAAUCCUCGGCCUCAGGAACGGGACGGAGCAUUUAUACACCUCCCUCUAACGAGAGUCAUGAAUGUGACUCGUCACAGUUGCAGAACCGAACUGGUCAAGCUUCCUUCACCAGCCCAAGACCUGCUGCUGCACCCGCGCCAGAAAGAGGAAAAUCUCCGUCAAAUCAGUAUAGUGAUCAUGGCCAAAAGGAAUUUCGCCCGAAAGCUCCCACGCGAGUUCCUACGUGGGGUGAUAUGACAACACUGGAGAGGAUUUGGGGGAAGCUGUUUGAAGACGGCAAGCCGACUGAGAAGCUGGGCCAGUUCUUACGUGGAAUUGCAGUCUAUCUGCUUAAUUCGGACUCCCCUCUUCAGAUCCAAGAGUAUCCGCCUGGAGACACUAUCGUGAUCGUUCCAGAGAAAUUGCGAAAGUUCUACGAAGACACCAAAGUGCCGGAAGAUACCUAUCCAUGGCAUGGUGCGUACCAGGCCUAUCAUUCGUAUCCCAUUCGUAUUUAUAUUUUGCGUCCUGGGAUCUUUAUCACUAAGGCAUUCUGGCUAGAUAUCUUCAACCAUUCUUCCAAUAUCUCGAGAUUGUACCGAGAGUUCGAAGUGGAGCAUCAUCUCGUCCAGGAGAAGCUUCACGAACAACCAGACAUCCCCGGACUGACUCCUCGUGGUUUUGCACGGUGGGCCACGUUGCUGAUCCAAGCUCAUCCAGACAGGGAAUUUGCCCGCCUUAAAAAGGCCGUUUUGCACAUGCCCAUAAGCAACCCCGAUAGCAAGGAGCGAUUCCCGAAGGAGAUUCCGAGGAGACUUUUCCCCAGUUCCCCAGACUCUGCAUUGAGAGAGAAGCUGGAGCGUUCCAUUAGGGAAAUCUGUCGUGUUAAUUUUCCUUCCAUUACCGCAGAAGAGCGACCAAAGACUCCUCUUCGUCGAAACCCUGCAGCAGCUGCUUCGACAGACCAGUUUUCCUCAAGUGGUGAUCGUGUUCACCGAACUCGUUCCACCUCGAGCUCUGCAGUGGUGGAUGAGGAUGAUGAACCGGCUCCAACUGCUCCCAUAGAGCGUGAAAGGAAGCCGUAUACCGCGCAACCCGGGGGAGGGAAAGUGUACGACGAUGAUCGACCUUUGCAUGUGGAGACUGGAUCAGCCGGUGCCAGAAAGAAAGAGUUCCUUUCUACUCCCACAUCCGCACCUGGCCACCGAGCAUCACACUCCUACGGUCAGGAACCUUCUUAUCUUCGAGCGUCAUCGACAAAGCGCGGACGAACGCGCAGCUCUUCCUUUGGCGUCAGCGGACAGGGCGACUACCGACAUUCUGAGAGUGACCUUCUUGGGUACGGCAGCAGCCGUGGUUAUGGAGGCUUGAGCUCUGCAGAAGACGUAAUUGACGACAGUCGUCGGUACAGAGAUUACGACCGUGAUGAUGCACUCCGUGAGCGGGAGCGGGAGCGGGAACGGCGAUAUCACGAUCUGGGCAGCGACGCGACCUGGAGUGAUGAAGAUUACUAUCGUGGGUUGCUGGGCGGCCAGGGUGGCAGUGGAGGGAAGACAAGGUCUGGAUAUCGGUGA